ACAUGGAUUUUGGAAUUGUUGCAGAGAAGGAGAAUGUGCAGCUGCAGGAUAGGGAUGAGAGGCUGGGAUGGCUCGGAGACCUGCCUGAGAGGAUGGGGAAGCUGACUGGCUCCAAACCAGAUCUGUCAGCCAGAAUGGGCUUCAGUGAAGAGGAAAAACUGAAGAUUUCCAAAGGCCUCGUUGAUCUCCAGAUUGAGACAAACAAAAUGAAGGAGCAGUACGAGACGGAGAACUUUGAACUGAAGAACAUGAUCCUGGCCCUGGAGACCCGUGUGCUGGAGCUGGAGCUCUGCAGUGAGAAGGUCACUGGGGAGCGAGAUGCCUUGCGGGAAGGCCUGCGUGCCCUGGAGACCAGCCGGAAGGAGCUGGCGGAUGAGUAUAUCAUUCUGAAAAGCAAUUACCUAGCCCUAGGCAAAGAGCUGGACCAGGAGGUCAUGAAGAAUGAAGAGCUCAGCCGGGAGCUGCUCAACCUGGCCAAUGCCAACCACUCCCCUGCCAUGGCUGGUGAAUCCUUUGCUGAGCUGGGAAGAGUAAGGGCAGUGGUGAGUCACCUCUCUGCUCGGAAGGUGAAGCCAGAAGAUAUUACUGCCUCUGAACAUGAGCAACAAAUACUGGAAAGAAAAUUGCUUGGAAACCAGGAUCACAUAAAAGUGGAGCUUGAAAAACUGAAGAAAACCUAUGAUUUGCAGCAACAGAAAAUGGAAGAGAGAGUGAUGGCAAUGGGGAAGGAGCUGCAGGAGGCAAAGUGCGUGACUGGGGACACGCAGCGCAAGCUGGCGGAGCAGUCAGCGGUGCUGCUCAGCUCCCAGAGCCAGCUCCAAGAGGUGGAGGCGGAGAACUCUCAGCUGCAGCUCCGUCUGAAGGAGCUGAAUGAGGAAUACCGAUCCCGGCUGGCACAGUACAUCAAGGAUGUGGCGGACUUCAUGGACAGCAAAUCCAGCAACGUCAUGGGGCCUAGCAAGGCCCCAGCUGCUCAUGCUCCUAUGAAACGCUUUGUGGACAGCAUGCUGAAGGACAUCAGGGCUUCCUACAGGGCUCGGGAGGAGCAGCUAGCCAGAGCGGCACGUGGCUACAAGAAACGCAUGAAGGACUUGGUCAAGAAGCAUGAGAACCUGCUCAUUGCUUACGGGCUCCAGCGAGAGCAGAUCCGGUCCUUAGGCAGCACCGCUGCAGACUGUGGCCCUGCCGAGCUCCACUUUUCCAUCACAGAUCCAGAGCUGCUGACAAACACCACACGGGAGCUAAACCGGCUGCGGGAGGACAAAGCAAAAUUGGAAAUGCAGCUACAUGAGAAAAGCCUGAAAGAAACCUCAACCUUUCCACUGGCUCCUGAGCAGCCACUGGAUGAGAAGGGCUGGGCAGAGGUCAGGAAGCAGCUUCAGGAGUUCACACACACCACCCAGAAGGAUUUGGAGCAGGAGAGAAGCCAGCUGCUGACUCGGGCCAUUGUGGCAGAAGAGCAGGUGUCAGAGCUGCAGGAAUACAUAGACAACCAUCUUGCGAGGUACAAGCAGGAGAUCCUCCAGCUGAGGAAGCCACGUGCGCUCAGUGCUGGGGCAGCCAAUACUCACUCACUGCGCAGAGCCAGGACUGUCAGGCAUGAACCAUAGCUCUCCGCCACGGCUCCGAGGAGCAGAAAGAGCAGCAUUCCAAAGGAAGGAGCUUUCUGCUUUGUGGACUGGCCAGGGCGCAUAUCCUUCCCUUGCUGAGAGCUGGGAGGCACAGGGAGAGCAACCACGUGGGUGUUCCAGGUCUCAAAUUCACAGCACUAACAUGA